UUGUUUUUCUUUUGAUAUAAAAUCGCGAAAUUCACUGAUAGAGUCUCCAUUUACAGUUGCAUGCUGCCUCCAUAUUUGCUGCUCCGCCUCCCCCCAAAACCUUUCUUUGGUUUUAAUUAAAGAACUUGUCUACCGAAGACAAAAUGUCUGGUGAAGGGCCUGUUGUUGCAGAGACACCAGCUCCGGCAGCUCUUGGUGAGCCUAUGGAUAUCAUGACUGCCUUGCAACUUGUGCUUAAGAAGUCUUUGGCCCAUGGAGGUCUGGUUCGAGGCCUUCAUGAAGGUGCAAAGGCAAUUGAGAAGCAUGCUGCCCAGCUCUGUGUAUUGGCCGAGGACUGCAACCAGCCUGACUACCUUAAAUUGGUCAAAGCGCUGUGUGCUGACCAUAAUGUGAACCUAAUAACUGUUCCAAGUGCUAAGACUCUCGGUGAAUGGGCUGGCUUGUGCAAGAUUGAUUCUGAAGGAAAGGCCAGGAAGGUUGUCGGAGCCUCUUGCGUUGUCGUGAAGGAUUUUGGAGAGGAAAGCGAAGGUCUCCACAUUGUUCAAGAGUAUGUCAAGUCUCACUGAGACAGACUUGCAGGGAAGCAAAUUACCCAAGAUGUUUUAGGGAGUUUAGAGAUAGAAACUCUCUUUCAUUAUGCUUUAAUAUUUCCCAAGAAACAGUUUUGAUUGAUUAUUGCUGAACCAGCAAGUGCACUGGAUUUUGCCCUUCAGUGCAGUUAGUGCUCAUGGAAUUCGAUCACAUUUCUGAGGUUAUUAUGCGUUUAAUGUUAUUGGGGGAUUUUACCUCGAUUCUGAGGGUUUA